AUGGCUGCUCGUGACUCGGCGCGCGGCUCGCUGACGCUCGCCUCGCAGUCCACCGGCCCAGCAUACAACUACACCGUCAAGAUGACGUGCGGCGGCUGCUCUGGCGCCAUCGACCGCGUUCUCAAGAAGAACAUUGAGGCGCCCAACGGCUACACCGUGUCCCUCGAGACGCAGAAGGUCGUCGUCUUCGGCCCCUCCCUGCCGCCCUUUGACACUAUCACUGAGAAGAUUGCCAAGACUGGCAAGCAGAUCAUCUCCAAGGAGGAGAUUGCGGCGGGCGCUCCUAUCCCCGCUUAG